AUGUCAAAGCCCAAGCAACCGAGACGCACAAGUUUCUUCAUAUGGUUCAUCGCAGUCCUCUGCACCGUCAUCACGAUCGCAGUCAUAAUAACCGGCCUCGUCAUCUUCGUGGGGUACCUCAUCGUGCGGCCCAAGAUGCCAUCCAUCACUGUAACCUACACCCACCUCGACGUCUUCGACUACGACCAGGCUGGCUUGCUCACCACCGAGUCGGAAACUACAGGUGACAAUAUACCUGAAGUGGGAGAACGACAACGCGAGAGCGCAUGCGAGCUUCUACGACUCGGGCUUCGUCCUGAGCCUUUACGGCAUGGAGAUUGCGAAGCUGGUGGCGCCGCCGUUCGAGGUCAAGAAGAACAGCUCCGUCGAGUUCCACUACCAGGUCGCGUCGUCACCAAUUCCACUCGGUCCCGAGCAGACGGUCAUGGUCGACUCCAGCCUCAAGCAGGACAGGGUAACGUUCGACCUCAGAGGCACGGCAAGGACGCAGUGGCGGGUCUGGCUUCUCGGAUCGGUCAAGUUUACGCUCCACCUGAACUGCCAGCUCCACUUCAUUCCUUCCUCGCUCAAUAG